AUGAGAGUCGACUCAAUGAAAGUCAACUCAAUGAGAGUCAACUCAGUGAGAGUCAACUCAAUGAGAGUCAACUCAGUGAGAGUCAACUCAAUGAGAGUCAACUCAGUGAGAGUCAACUCACUCCUUCCCACUCUUGCCUGUUCUUUCCCUAUCCUCCCCACUCUUUUCAUUCAUCAGCUUCCCACUCUUACCUGCUCUUCUCCUCUCCUCCCAUCUCCUAUCAUUCCUCCCCUUCCUGCUCCUUCCCAAUUGCCUGCUCUUACCCUUGCCGCUCCCAUUCCUCCUGCUCCUUUCCGCUCAUACAUGCCCUUCUGCGCUCUUCCCCAAUCCUUUUCCAUCUUACCUACUCCUUCCUCUCUUACCUACUCUUCCCCUCUCCUCCCCACUCCUCUCAUUCUUCCCUCUCUUCUCCACUCCUUUCCACUAUUACCUCCUCUUCCCCUCUCCUCCCCACUCCUCUCAUUCCUCCUCCUUCCUGCUCCUUCCCAUGCUUACCCACUCUUCUCCUCUCCUCCCUACUCCUUUCCCAUUCCUCCCCUUCUGCUCCUUCCCACUUGGUUCUCUUUCCUCCUCAUUCCGCUCCUACCUGCUCUUCCCUUUUCCUCCCCACUUCUCUCCUUCCUCCUUCCUGCUCCUUCACACUAUUCUCUGCUCUUAAUUCCCUUCUCUUCCCCACUCCUCUCAUUCCACCUUCCUGCUCCUUCCCACUCUUCCCUGCUCAUCUGCUCUCCUCCCCCUCCACUCAUUCCCACCCUUUCCUCCCUACUCCUCCCCAUGCCUUCCGCUUCUUCUCAUUCUUACCUGCUCUUCCACUCUCCUCCCCAUUGCUCCCGCUCCUCACCCCUCAUCAACACUCUUCUACCCUCCUCCACACACCUGCCAACUCCUCCCCUGCUCUGUCAUGCUUCUCCUGACCACUCACCCUCUUCCCUCCCCUCCCCCAAUUCCUCCCCACUCCCCAAUCCCCCAGGUCCUCCUCUGUCCUACCUGUUCUACUCCUCUCCUCCACACUCUUCCCAUUCCCUCCAUGAACACCCCCACAUCCUCCCUCUCCCCUCCCCUCUCCCCUCACCUCUCUUCCCUGCUCCUCUACCUAGGGGCUAG